UGUAAAAUAUUUACUGUAUCCUGUAUAUUUAUAAUAACUAACACAGUUCUAUAUACUCUUUAUUACGACUGUGAAAUAUUUACUGUAUCCUGUAUAUUUAUAAUAACUAACACAGUUUUAUAUACUCUUUAUUACGACUGUAAAAUAUUUACUGUAUCCUGUAUAUUUAUAAUAACUAACAGAGUUCUAUAUACUCUUUAUUACGACUGUGAAAUAUUUACUGUAUCCUGUAUAUUUAUAAUAACUAACAGAGUUCUAUAUACUCUUUAUUACGACUGUAAAAUAUUUACUGUAUCCUGUAUAUUUAUAAUAACUAACAGAGUUCUAUAUAGUCUUUAUUACAACUGUAAAAUAUUUACUGUAUCCUGUAUAUUUAUAAUAACUAACAGAGUUCUAUAUACUCUUUAUUACGACUGUGAAAUAUUUACUGUAUCCUGUAUAUUUAUAAUAACUAACAGAGUUCUAUAUAGUCUUUAUUACAACUGUGAAAUAUUUACUGUAUCCUGU